GUCUGGCAAGACUGCGGGCACCGAGUCAACUGGCGGAACAGCGGGCAUCGAGUCAACUGGCGGAACAGCGGGCACCGAGUCGUCUGGCAAGACUGCGGGCACCGAGUCGUCUGGCAAGACUGCGGGCACCGAGUCGACUGGCGGAACAGCGGGCACCGAGUCAACAGGCACGACAGUGGGCACCGGGUCAUCAGGUAUCGGAUUGUCUGGCUCGACAGCGGGCAUCGGGUCACCAGGCAUCAGGUCAUUUGGCUUGCCAGCGGGCACCGCGUCAUCUGGCAAGGCAGUGGGCACCGCGUCAUCUGGCAAGGCAGUGGGCACCGGGUCACCAGGUACCGGAUCAUCUGGAUCAACAGCGGGCAUCGAGUCAACUGGCCUAAUAGGAUCGUCGGGCUGGAUCAGUUCAUCAUGCUGAGUAGCGGCAUCAGGCUGAAUAUAGGCAUCAGGCUGAGUAGAGGCUUCAGGCUGAGGAGAGGCUUCAGGCUGAGGAGAGGCUUCAGGCUGAAGAGAGGCAUCAGGCUGAAGAGAGGCAUCCGGCUGAAGAGAGGCAUCCGGCUGAAGAGAGGCAUCCGGCUGAAGAGAGGCAUCCGGCUGAAGAGAGGCUUCAGGCUGAGGAGA